UCGAACAGCCGCCGAAUAACGAGGGGGAGUCGAGCACUUAAGGUUGCGUUUGGCGUAACUGAAGUCAGUUUUUGACGGUUCGAAUCGCGCGGUCUGUCUUCCCGUGUCAGGUGCGCCCCCUGUCCAGCGGCAGCUAUCUUGUGGCAGCUCUAACAAUUGCUGCAGUGCUAGUACUAGUACAACUGUCCCUACCGUCAUUGUCGGAGUGCUCAUAGGCGUGGGAGUAGGAACAGUACUGGAAGUAGCGGUGACAGUGGCGCCAGCAAGUCAUCGGUCGUGCUUACUGUUCGUUGCUUCGCUCACAUUUGUUUCUGCACCAGUGAUUCGCUUCCAGCGAACGUGUAACUGUUUUCCAAAAAUCCACAUGUUCGCCUAGACUCGCUUGAGUAGAAGUGACACAACUGCGUGCUUAAAAGCCAUUUUUAUUGUCGCUGGCGUUUUUGAGUUACCACGUUCGCAGGCGUAUUUGCGAAGAGCGUCACUUCUAUUGGCCGAGUCCUUUAGGGUUAGGCUUAUAACAAAGGCAACAGGCGAUCAAUUGGAACAAAGAUGUCAUACAGCCUGGGAGCGGAAUCGCUUGGAGGAGUUAAAAGGUUCUCGUGGACCUCGUGGCUUCCACCUAAAGAUCCACGCACGCAGAACUGGACGUUUAUUGGCUCUCACAACUUGCCCCUUGUUCUGACAGUCGUGCUCGGAUACUGCUAUCUAGCGAAGGUGGCGGGCCCCCGUUUGAUGGCAAAGCGCGAGGCGUUCAACGUAAAAUCCGUCGUGCAGUUGUAUAACGUAUUAAUGGUGGUGGCCAAUCUGUAUUUCAUGAUACAGUUUCUGCGGCACAGCUACCUAGGAGGCGGAUACAACAUUUUCUGCCAGGGUAUGACGCACUCAACAGACGAAAACUCUAUGUGCAUCUUAUCGUUGUGCUAUUGGUAUUUCUGGGUGAGGCUAGGAGACUUCCUUGACACGUUCUUCUUUUUGUUACGCAAAAAGUUCUCGCAUAUUACCACGUUACACUACACGCACCAUGCCCUCGUUGUUUGGUCGGGCUGGGUAUGGCUGUUGUACGGUGCCGAUGGGCAAACCCUGCUGGGCUUGAUCGUCAACUCUGGCAUUCAUGUUGUCAUGUACACCUACUACUUCCUGGCUGCCCUCGGGCCACAUAUGCAGCCAUACCUGUGGUGGAAACGGUACAUUACAACUGCCCAGAUCAGCCAGUUUAUUUUUCUUAUGAUUCAUAUUUUAAUUCCCCUUAUUUAUGAUUGCGGUUAUCCUAAGGGAAUGAUCUAUCUGGCUUUUGCACAAGGCGUCAUAGGAUUGACACUGUUCAUUAACUUCUAUAUUCAGUCAUAUAUCCGAAAACCAAGGCUGUCUCACAAGGCUGAGCACGAAAAGACGGCCAUUGCCCAAGAAGAAAAGAGGAGCGAGCGCGCAAAGACCAAAACUACCUAGUGCAGUCACAGUUGCUGGAGAAACUAGUCUUUGGCCGGGGCUGGAUCCUGGCCACGUUUGCAUUUGUAUAUCUGUUAUUCUGUAAAUACGUACUCCAUGCGCCUGGUGAUUGUGUGUUUAAUGUUAUGACAGGUUUUUGUAUUUUUCAUCAAAUCAAAAAAAUCAAACUACUGUAAAACUAAGCGUGUCAUGCAUGGCUGUGUCAACAAGUGUUUGUACGACAGUUAAGGAUAGCUUAAUUUUAAAUAAAUGUAUACCAGCUAUAUAUAGAAUGAUGGGCAUGAAUAACUGAACGUAUCUGUGUCUGGAUAAAAUAAACGUUAACUAUUGAC